AUGCAGGCUCCCGAAAACGUCUCGCAACUCGUCAAAGACGCUGGAAAUCCCAGCCUUGUCGACCUCUCGGAUGCACUAGGUUUGCCCGAAGGUGGUUUUGAAGCUUGGGGCACAGUGCUGGGCUCUUUCUUGAUUCAAUUCUGUGGCUUCGGAUAUAUCAGCGCUUACGGUGUCUUCCAGGGAAAGCAUAUUUACUUUUACACUCAAACAUACCUAACCAAUUCCACACCAUCUGCAAUCGCCUGGAUAGGAAGUGUCAAUGCGUUCUUGAUAUUAUCAGUUGGUAUCGUGUCAGGAAGGAUGGUCGACCAGGGCGCAUUUUACCCUGUGAUGAAAAUCGGCUGUCUCCUUCAAUGCUUCUUCCUCUUUAUGUUGUCCCUAACGAAACCAGAUGGGUAUUAUCAAGCAAGUCUUAUAUUCCUUUCCCAAGGUAUCGGUCUCGGUAUUGCAAUAGGCCUCACAAAUGUUCCGUCCAUCGCCAUAGUAUCGCAUCACUUCCAGCGACGCAGAGCUGUUGCGAUGGGAAUUGUCGUUGCGGGGUCGUCACUGGGUGCGAUCUUGCACCCCGUCAUGCUCAACAAUCUUAUCAAUGGAAGACUUGGCUUUGCAAAUGGUGUCCGUGCAAGCGCGGCCCUGAAUGGCGGCCUGCUUUUUAUCGCAAAUCUCUUGCUGCGAACAAGGCUUCCACCGCAAUCAAAGGCCGUCAGCUACACCCGCGUUCUGCGAAACUCGUCGAGAGAUGGCGCUUACAUGUGUGCUUGUGUAGGGAUGGCUGCUUUUGAAUUUGGAUACUUCUUCGAAGCCUUUUAUCUUCAGUUAGAUUCCACCCUGCAUGGUCUAAGUCAAGGAUUUUCAUUUUAUUCACUCACAAUUUUUAGUUCUGGUUCUUUCAUUGGAAGACUUACUAUGGGUUUUGUCUCUGCCUACGUGGGCAUCCCAAACACGAUCAUUGGCUCUUCAUUAAUAUCCUCCGCCGUACUAUUUGCAAUGAUUGACUUACACUCGGCCGCCAGUGUAGCUGUGAUAGCCGCAAGCUAUGGUUUUUUUUCCGGAGGUGUUGUAGCGAUGAUGGGCCCGGUGAUAUCUAUUCUGACUCCUGAAAUAUCACAUAUUGGUGCACGGAUAGGGAUAGCGUUUGCAAUAGCUGGUAACUUAGGUGCACCGAUUUGUGGAACGUUCUUGACGUCACAUUACAUCUGGUGGAAGGCUGUUAUCUUUGCUGGGGUGAGCGAACCAUGUCAAGCUCCACUGCUGGUCUUUGGCUAA